CUCUGGCAGGCGCACGUCUGAACGCGUAGUGCUGUAGUUGUUAUGUCUACGUAGUCAUCAGAUAUACGACUAAAGUUUAGCGGGAAUACAAGGCCCGCGUCCGGCUAUCACACUGGGGGUCUGGCGCGCUCACGUUUUUAAGAAAACCGCGAUGUGCCAAAUAUUAACAGAUAGACAGUGAUUUUGUGCUAUAUUUCGUUUUGCGAUACGAUAAUAUUACGAACAUAAUCAUGGCGAGAAAAAUUUCUUACAGUUGUGUUUUAUUUUUGUGCAUAUUGUACAGUGUCACAAGUUUCAACCUAGAGCCGAGAAUUCCUGUGAUAAAGUUCGGAGAGCCGGGUUCUUAUUUUGGAUUUUCGGUUGCUGAACAUCUAACUAUAAGUAAUGAAGGACAAAAAACGAGUUGGUUGCUAGUCGGUGCUCCUUUGGGUCAAAAUUUGCAGCCAAACACAACAAAGUCCGGGGCGCUCUGGAGGUGCAGAGUGAAUUCAGCUCCUAGUGACUGCGAACAAAUAGUCACGGACGGGAAACGAACGAAGUACGGCAAGAUAAAUACGAGUCUUGACUCCUUCCAUUUGACUGGGCCUCAUCCAGAUGAAAUAAAGGACGGUCAAUGGCUCGGCGUGUCCGUCAGGAGCCAGGGUGCGGGGAAAAAGGCAGUCGUCUGUGCACACAGAUACAUUCGCAAAUCUGGAGAAUCUCAAUUUGGACAAGGGCUCUGUUACACUCUCAGUAAUGACCUUCAGCUGAUCGACAUGUGGGAGCCAUGUCGAGGUCGCUCAGUUCAGAGGGAACACGAAGAAUUUGGUUUCUGUCAGGUUGGAACAAGUAGUUCUCUCCUUGAGGAUGACACGUUAGUUCUAGGCAGUCCAGGGCCAUAUACUUGGAGAGGUACCAUUUUCACUCAGGAUACCAACGAUGAUUUGCUUGAGCGUGAUAAUGUUGUCUACAUGGCGCCAGUUGAAGAUGGAGCCAGCCCAGUCGAGAAGUAUAGCUAUUUAGGUAUGUCUGUAUCUGGUGCUAAUUUCUUCGGCCCGGAGGCAUCGUAUGCAGCAGGAGCCCCUCGUGCUCAUGGUACGGGUCAAGUAGUGCUUUUUAGUAAACGAGUAAUUUAUGACUGGACCAGAAAUGAUGUCAAUAUUCUGAAUUUUACUCUGGUCCUCAAUGGCGAACAGUUCGGUUCUAGCUUUGGAUACGAAGUUGCUUCAGCAGAUGUUAACGGCGACGGAUUACCAGAUCUAUUGGUCGGUGCUCCAUUCUAUUUUUCGCGCGAUGCUGGUGGUGCAGUAUAUGUAUACUUAAAUGAAAAGCAUAAUCUUCCUCAAGAUUACAGUCUUAAACUAAGUGGCAAGCCUGAAUCACAAUUUGGUAUUGCAAUUGCUAAUACCGGAGACCUCAAUAGAGAUGGUUGUGAAGAUGUAGCCAUAGGCAGUCCGUACGAAGGCAAUGGCGUUGUGUACAUUCAUAUGGGAGAUAGAAAACUUGGUCUUAAAGCGAAACCAGAUCAGGUCAUAAGAGCGGAAUCCUUACCAACGGUUAUGAGGACAUUUGGCUAUUCUCUAUCUGGUGGAAUGGACCUUGACGAGAAUGGAUAUCCAGAUUUAUUAGUCGGUGCUUAUGAGAAUAGUAGCAUCGCACUUAUCAGAACGAAACCGAUAAUCGACAUAAAGACUUCGAUAAAACCAUCAAACACUAUCAUCAAUAUAGACCCUUCCGUCCAAGGCUGCACAAAAGAUCCCAAUUCUAAUUACACUUGCUUCACUUUCCAAGCGUGCUGUAUAAUCAAAUCUCUGGUACGGUCAACUCAAAGCAACAGUCAUGAGUUAAAUUACGUCAUCGAAGCUGAAACUUUCCCUGGCGGAAGAAAAUAUUCCAGAGUGUUCUUCGAUUCGGAAAAAUCUAUUAUUAUCAAUAAAACGAUACAUCUGGGCAAGGAUGUUGAAGACUGUAGAGAACAUGUCGUGUAUUUAAAAAAUAAUACCAGAGACAUUCAGACACCAAUCAAAUUUCAAGUAACCUACAAGAUAGUACAGAUCCAACCGAAAUACUCAACUAUAGGAGAAUUACCCAGAAUAGAUGAUUACCCAGUACUGAAUGCUACCGCGACAUCUUCCUUCAGCGCUAACUUCCUUAACGACUGUGGUUUGGAUGGAGUAUGCGUUAGUGAUCUGGUCGUGGAACCCGUAUUACAAUUACCUAAAACCGAGGAUGGAAAAUCAUAUGCUUUAACCCUUGGGCAGGAAGAGGAAAUAAAACUCUCCAUAUCAGUGGACAAUUAUGGUGAAUCUGCGUAUGAAGCCCAACUGUUCGUCCAACACCAUGCCAGUUUGCACUACAUUGCUGCGAAUAUUACAGGCAAGCACAUGAUAUGCACGAGUGUAAACAAGACGACGGUGUCAUGCCUUCUUGAGAAUCCGUUCAAGAAGCAACAAGACGGUAAUCCACCAAUAACGAUGCGUUUCGAUGCGAGAGCGUUGGAAGAUAACGAGCCCUCUGUUAUUUUCACUGUUUGGGCAAAUUCAACUUCAAAAGCAUUACAUCCGGAAAAGAAACCGGCACAGGUAGCAGCUCUGGUCAUCAAAAACGCUGAAUUGCAAAUUAAAGGCGCCGCACGACCGGAGCAAGUGUUCUACGGCGGCGAGGUGAAGGGAGAAUCUGCCAUGACUUACUUUGAUGAUAUCGGCACUAGAGUCGUGCACACAUAUCAGAUAUUCAAUGAAGGUCCCUGGCGAGUGUCUUUGGUACAGGUUGUGAUAUCAUGGCCUCAUCAGGUUGCAUCCGAAAACUCGCAGGGGAAAUGGUUGCUGUAUCCCGAAGAUAUUCCAACUGUUGAUGGAGAAGCAGGUCAAAGUAAUGGAAACUGUUUUAUAUCGGGUAACGAGAUCAAUCCCCUAAAACUUACAUCACGACCGGGUGGGACUGAGCCAUAUCUGGAGAACCUUGAAAUGGAUCCCUUCUUAAGUUCUGGCAAACUCAGCGUCAGUUCAAGCGAGAAAAGUCACAACUUCACUAAAGUUCAGAAUCAAAUUGUCGGUUAUUCUACCAGUGCUGCGAAAAAUGUAAGAAGAAAAAGACAAAGCGAUAUCGUUAAGGCCGAAGCUUACACUGACAAGGAUGGACAAAGGAAACACGUUGUAAAUAUGAACUGUCAAAAGAAGAGCGCGAAAUGCAUACAGUUUCAAUGCGUUAUAUACCGCUUGGGUCGCAUGCAGGCGACCACGAUCACAGUCCGGGCUCGUCUCUGGAACAGCACGCUGGUGGAGGACUACCCUCGGGUCAGUCACGUCAACAUCGCCUCCACCGCCUACAUACACAUACCAGACAAUAACAUACACCAGAACAAGAUACACGAUGACGUCGCUACUGUGGAAACAGUUGCCUAUCCUGAUUUGAAGAUCAGUGAACCUUCGGAAGUGCCUUUAUGGGUGAUCAUAGUGUCUGUAAUAGUUGGUUUAAUAGUUCUAAUUCUUCUCAUAAUUGCUUUAUGGAAACUUGGUUUCUUCAAGAGAAGUCGUCCGGAUCCAACACUGUCCGGUAACUUAGAAAAGAAUAAUCACGAGUCCAGUCCGUUCAUUGGUCGAGACAGAACCAGUAUUCGAUAGCCGCUCGCUACUAUAUUAAAUAGACAGCUGGAACUAAACUUUAGCUUAACUAUGUACAUAGAAUAUAAACUGUUGUAGAAUGUUCUGGAUGAAGAGAUGGUUUGCAUAGUUGUAAUAUAAAAUAUCAUUUGACUGUGAUGUCUUCGUAGAGGAAAUAUUUUGUCUAAGUAUGUGUUACGGCCACAUUUUGUUAUUGUACGGAACCCGUGUUGUACAAGGUAAUUGUUUAUUUGCAUUUCACUAGUGGGUAUUAUGAUGAAAGUUUAUGAUUGUUUUAUUCUGUAAAUAUGUACUUGCCUUUAUUAUUUAUGUUAGGUUAAUAUGAGUGGGGGGAGACGACUAGAUUUUUUACUAGUCAGUAAAUAUAACCUAUGUUAUAGGUUAGUUUAUACACUUAAUUAGUUGAGAUUUAUGAGAGCGCAUCUUACUUAUGACUGUCUUACUUAAAAUUAUUGACUUAAUAUUGAAAUUUUAAAUAUAUAGCGGUGUGACAGCAAUUUUCACCCGCUUUGUACACAUUAGAAUGACCACAUACGUAUGUAUAUUUUAAUUGAAGGUACUUAAAGUGUUACAAAUCAAAAUUGUCUUACAAAUAUAAAACGGAAAUCAUUUUCUUCUAAAAUUAGUUUUAAUUGUAUUCAAAAACUUGUACUUUAUUUUAUCAAUAAAAUGUAUAUCUUAAAUGUUGUCUGGUUACGAAUGUACAUAAAAUAAGUAGUAUUUAUAUUAGAUUUUGUACUAAAAUUUUUAUAAAAAUUUUGAGCAUCGAAAUUAUUCUAAUACUCUUGACUGCCGCGUAAAAAUUUAACAAUUUAAACCACCUUUUAUGUUAGCACUGGUUGUGACUUUUUCUUUACAAAAUUUUUAACCUAUGUGUAGCGAAGCUUAGUACGCAACUGUUAAUAAACGGUGCCAUUUUAAA